UAGUGACAUUACUUGAAGCCGUCAGCAAACGGCAGCAACAUCAUCAUCCACGCAGCAAAGGAAUACAACCCAACGGAAUGAAACCUCUGCUGAUCCUGUUGGCCGUGGCAGGCCUUGCUGCUGUCUGUGUCCGUGCGGAUGUUUCCCAUCUGUUUGGUGGUGGCGGCGGUGGCUAUGGACAUGACCACCACGAUCAUCAUGAUCACCAUGAUCACCACGAUCAUCAUGACCACCACGAUCAUCACGAUCACCAUGAUUAUCACUACGAUCCCCAUGCCCACUCGCACGGUAUAUCAUCUCACGAUGGUCCUCAUGGGCACGCCGGUCUGCACAUAGAUCUGCACUACCAGCAGGAGCCCCACCAUCAUCACCAUCAUGUGGAGCCGGAGGCCAAGUUCAACAUUCCCAGCGGCUACAGCUAUGGCGGACCACCGCCGGCACCCAAGAGCAGCUACCUGCCGCCAGCACCGAAGGCCAGCUAUCUGCCGCCAGCGGAGAAGCCCCGCCAGAAGUAUUUGCCACCCAAGGCGUCGCUGCCACCACCACCACCACCGCCGCCCAAGGCCAGCUACUUGCCACCUUCCAAGCCGGAAGUGAAGUAUCUGCCACCUGCCCCUGCACCCAAAUAUCUUCCUCCUGCACCUGCACCAAAGUACUUGCCUCCUGCACCUGCACCAAAGUAUCUGCCUCCCGCUCCUGCACCCAAAUAUCUGCCACCCUCUCCACCGGCACCCAAGUAUCUGCCCCCUAAGGUCGCUCCCAGCUUGCCGCCACCACCUCCACCCCCGGUAGUGGCGCCCAAGCCAAGCUACUUGCCUCCUGCCCAGCCGGAAAAUAAUUAUCUGCCGCCCGCUCCACCGGCCAGCAAGUAUCUGCCCGCCGAGGAGCCCGUGGCCAGAUAUUUGCCGCCCAAGGUAGCUCCCAGUCUGCCACCGCCACCACCUAGGCCAGAGUCGAGCUACUUGCCGCCUGCACCCAAGCCAGAGUCGAGCUAUCUGCCUCCUGCCCCCAAGCCAGAGUCUAGCUAUCUGCCGCCUGCGCCCAAGCCAGAGUCGAGCUAUCUGCCACCCAACCAUCAUCAGCCAGAGAUUGACUUCCACAUCCCCAUACCCUCGUACGCGCUGCCCCUGCAGUCGGAGAGCCACAUCCAUGUGCCCGAACACGGCUAUCAGUACAAGCCGCCACUGCGUCGCUUCAGGCAAUAAGCCACGC